AUGGGGAUUGAUCCCAACAAUGGCUGGUGGCCAAUUUCUUGGUCUGUGACUGAAGCCGAGAGUUAUAUCCAGUGGAAGUGGUUCGUGGAGUACUUGUCUGAUGACCUAAACUUGCAUGCAAAUGGGCCACGAUAUGUGUUUAUGUCUGACCAACAAAAGGGGCUUGCAAAAUUGAUUGCUGAGGAAUUCCCACAAAGCGAGCAUCGCUUUUGUGUGCAGCACAUAUACAACAAUUUCAAGAAGAGAUUUGUUGGAGAAAAUUUCAAAGAACGUUUUUGGGAGAUUACAUCGAGUACCACCCUCGAACAUUAUGUGGACAAGAUAGAUGCUUUGCAGACCGAGUAUCCCCAAGCACAUCAGUGGCUUUCUGGAGUUGCUCCCAAAGAAAACUGGGUUAAGGCAUUUUUCUCUCCACACACUUGUUGUGAUGUGCUCCUGAACAACAUUUGUGAGACAUUCAAUUCGAAGAUUACAUUGGCUCGAGAGAAAGCAAUUAUCAGCAUGUUGGAGGAGAUUCGAACAAGUCAAAUGGAAAGAAUUCAGAUCAGAGGCCAGUGGAUCAAAAGUUACUAUCACGCAGUCCCUCAUGUUAUCAAGGAGAUUGUUGACAAGUGGUACGCGAGGGCGUCAUCGUGGAGGGCUACAUGGAACGGACAGUCUUCGUACCAAGUAACUGGGCAGUCUGGCCAAUAUGUAGUCAACAUGUGUGAUUUCACAUGCUCCUGCAGAUUGUGGCAGCUAACCGGAAUCCCAUGCACGCAUGCUAUCGCAACAAUCAACAAGAAUGGCGACGACGUGACGCGAUUCGUCUCCCGAUAUUAUUUGAAGUCCACAAUGAUCAUGCUCUACGAGAAUGUCCUUUACCCCAUCAAUGGGGUGGACAAUUGGCCCAAGUCUACUUGUGCUGGUGCGUUGGAACUGGCGCCCCCGCGGACAAAGCGACAGCGUGGUAGGCCGAAGAAACGGAGACGUGAGGAGCCCCAGAUUCGUCUUCAUGUGGACGGAGGUGAGUCAUUGCGUCGCACCUUCGUGAUGAAAUGUCGUCGAUGCGGUCAAGAAGGUCAUAAUAGGAGGACAUGCAGCAAUGAUCCUCGGACAAAUGCCCGUUCUCGGGUUGGGGAGACUUCGCAGCCCAACGGGUCGCGUGAACGUGGUGAGAGUACUUUGCCAGAAUCGUCAAAUAAUUGCCGAGAGCCUAAUGUUUCGAAUCUGGGACCAAGCACUCGGACCAGGACUCAGCCUCAGAGAUGCGGCCGCAGCGGUGAUCAAGAUUGA